UGCAAUGACAACCGCGCUCGAUUAUUUCUUUUACAUGGCGCCUCGUGAUAAACCAGAAUAAUUAUCGAACUGGUUUUCCUGUGUUGAAAUUGUGAUGUUAAUCGUUGCACUACUCUUAUAAAUGGCGAACAGUAAAGAUACUCCAGAGCAUCUUCAAGCUCAAAACAUUAUAGUUAUACAUCCCGGUUCGUUGUAUUUGCGAGUAGGGCGUGCUUCGGAUGUAAAUCCCAGUCGUAUUUUACAUGCGAUUGCACGUCGGAGAAAGCCAGGUGGGCAAUAUUACCGUGAUAUCAUUCUUCCUCCCCCGGUUACAAAUCCAAAGGAAUCGUUAUCCGAAUUUGAGGAAUGUCGCUUACAGGUUUCACAUACUUUACAAUCCUGCGUCCAAUCAGAUGGGCGUAGGAGAUACGCUACUCCCCCACAGCAAAUCUCGGCCUUCAACAGGAGAUCUACGGCUGAACCCGUGGAAGGCAGUCAAAUCGAUUUCAAAGAUGCAAUAGUCGGUGAUACUGUUAUUGGCGAAGAAGUUCUUUGGUUAAAUCCUGAAGGUGAAUUCAAUUUACAUUUUCCUAUCAAACGCGGUGAACUAAAUUUGCACAAAGAUAUUGGAGGGUCCUUAACUGGUGUUAUUGCCGAUUUGCAAGAAAUUUGGGAAUACGUUUUGAAAAAUCGACUUAAAAUUGAUUUGAAACAACUUAGAAAUUAUAAGGCUGUGCUGGUUAUACCUGAUAUAUACAAUAGGGCGCAUUUAAAGGAGUUUACCACACUGUUACUGAACAAGAUCGGCUUUGGAUAUUGUUUUUUGUUGCAAGAUCAUGUAGCAGCCACCUUCGGUGCCGGGUUGGGUUAUGCUUGCGUAGUCGAUGUGGGAGAUCAAAAGACUUCCGUAUCGUGCGUCGAAGAUGGAAUUUCACAUCCCAACACGAGAGUACGGUUGGAUUAUGGAGGAGCUGAUGUAACGCAAACAUUCUUCUGGAUGCUUCAGAAGUGUGCUUUCCCGUAUAAGGAAUGCGAUCAGAAAACACCACUGGAUGUAGUUCUGCUGAAGCAGCUGAAAGAAGAAUACUGUCAUGUGAAUCUGGAUGUGUGCGGUUCCUUAGAGAAAAGUUUUACAGUGCAAAGGCCUCAACAAGGGAAAUAUAAAUACACCUUGCAGGUUGGCGAUGAGGCAAUAGUUGCGCCAUUGGCACUAUUUUACACGGAACUGUUUUCGGUGACGGGCGUUAACAGAUCUGUUCCGAAAACACAAAAACCAAGUACGGCACAAUCACACCCGGAGGACUGCUUUGAUGCAGAAUAUCUUCGAGAAACAGGUCGUAGGGGUAAAGAGAAUCUGGAGCAAACAGCUAACGAAAGUGGUCUGGGUAACCAAGAGAAUCCAGAUGAGGAAAUGGUAGUCGAUGGUCUAGAACAGGAGAGAGAGGGCAAGCUAAGUGAAAAAGAUUUUAUACUGCCAAGUGGACAAGUUAUCGGCAUUGAUCAGGCAAUUUUGCAGAGUAUCGAGCGAUGUCCUAACGACGAAUUGAAACGCAAAAUGUAUGGUUGCAUUCUAGUUGUUGGCGGUGGAAUGAAGUUCACCGGUAUUAGUAAUUGGCUGCAAAAUCGAGUGGCAUUGAAAAUUCCUCUGAUGUACCGAUCGGAACAUAAUAUCGUAACCAGUUCAAAGGACAUUGACCAAGAAAUUACGUCGUGGAAGGGAGCUGCCAUUAUGUCCUGCUUGGAAAGCGCUGGGGAAUUGUGGCUCACGGAACCUGAAUGGUCUCGGUAUGGACUACGGAUAUUGCGCGAAAAGGCGGUCUUCAUGUGGUAGAUGACUUUUGGAUAAUUUAUUCGUGUUAUUAUUCGCUUUCUUCUGGAAAAAUACAAUUUUUUACAGCAACUA